AUGUCCGUUGAUAACUGCCAGUCGCACGUCAACAUGCAAAGUCACAAUGUAAUGGUCCGUAUGGGAAGAUGGGGGGGCUCCACGUCUCUCUCCAUCACCUUCAACGCCGAGUCACUCGAAUACAACCUUGCUGCAAAGUUCUUGAGCGAAAUGACAUCCAUCAUGUUGAAGGUUCUUCUUCUGUACCCAGUGACCAGAUUGGCCGAGUGA